AUGACUUUACAAGGAUUCGAUCCCUAUGACCAAUUAAGAGAUACAUACCGUAACGUAAGACUCUAUGUAGAUUUAGAUCAACGAGAAAAAGACUUUACACAACUAUUAGAUGAAGAAAUCUCAUUGGAAUCAACUUUGCUUUCAAAAGAAAAAGAACAAUUGAAAAAUGAAAAAAUUGAAAAAGAAACUUUAGAUAAUAAACCUCAUUAUGAAAAAAGAUUCAAAAAUAAAUUAUUUAAACCAUCUGUUUCCUUUAAUACUGUACCCACAGUAAUGGGCUAUUCUUCAUUGAAUGAUGAAGGUGUAGAAUUUGAAGGGGUUCAGAUCCCUUAUACUAUGGAAGAUUUCUAUGAUAAUGAAGGGGGUGAUAAUCCAGGUUAUAUGCCAGAAAAUAGUUAUAUAACAAGUUCUUCCAGUAGCCAUUCAAGAGUCAGGCAUUCUUCACCACCUCCAAAAUUAACAUUGGCUUCAGUAAACGCUUUAGCUUCAAUGUUUAAAGUGGCUCAGAAUGGGAAAAUCGUUAGAGUAGAUUACCCAUCAAGACCAACUAUAUCAAAUGAUUCAAUCAUAAUAAACAGCACUAAAAAAAAUUGGUCUAUUAAGUGGGAACAAAGAAAACUACAAAUGGAGAAAAGAAUUCAAAAUAAAGAAAAAUAUUUUCAAGAUUAUCAAUGGUUUUUCCCUGCCCCUGAAAAAAUCCCAACUACUUUAGAUGGUUAUACUCCUUUGCCAAAGGCACAGAGAAAGCGUGAAAUGAUUCUAAAGAAAAAGGUUGGGUUCCCCAAUUGGCCCAGGACUGUGUGUUGUCAUAUUAGUGGUAGAAGGCAUACUUGGGUGGCAUUAGAUUGGACUGUAACAAAAUUUUUACAAGAUACUGAUCAUUUGGUGAUUAUAACAAAUGUUCCAAAGGAUAGACAUUUUAAUUCUAUAUCAUCACACCAUGAUAAAGAUCAUAAAGAUAAUAAAGAAAUAGAUAGGCACAUUCAUCAUACUCAUCAUUCAUAUUCUGAUACAAAUAAUGAUGAACAUAGUUUAGCUUCCAAGGAUAAAGAAAGUUUACUCUCCACUAGGCCUGUAUCUUUAGAAAAUAUGAAAUUUGAAUCAACUACAAGCCUACAUAGAACUUGUACUACAGUAGAUUCAAAUUUAAAUAAUAAAACCAUUAAAUUACCUUUAUCAAUUGGUAGUAAUUUUAAUGAAAAAAUUCAAAACCAUGAACAAUUUGAAGAAUGGUGUUCUGGUUAUUCAAAAGGUUUGAUUAAACAGAAAUUAACUAAUAUCUUUAAUUAUGUAAUUACAAUUUUACCAAAAGAUAAGGAUAUUAAGAUAACUAUUGAAUUUGUGGUAGAAUCUACGAAGAAAGCAUUAAUUGACGCAACAAAUAUUUAUACGCCUGAUCUAUUUGUAACGUCUACUUUAAGGUGGGAAAGAACUUCAAAUCUAGUGCAUUGGAAAUCUAAAAAUUUGACUGACGUUUUGGUAACAGCCUUUCCUGUGCCAACUAUUAUUAUUCCAACUAAAAGAAUGUUUGAAUUUGAAUCUAAUUUACAAGAACAAUUUCAAUUGAAAUAUUCAAAAGAUGAUGGGAAAUGUGUAAGUAAGAAUGAAAAAUCGAAAAAAGCUCUUUCAACUCCAACCCAUCCAAGUCUUUUACAUUCAAAUACGGCACCAAUUGGUAAUGAUAUUAUUAUUAAGAAAGAUAGACAUUUACAUCCAAUUAUUUCAAAGGAUUCUAAAAAGCUUGAAAAAGAAAUUAAUAAAGAAUUGGAUGAUCAAUUAAAGAGUGAUUUAGAAGAAGAAUUGGAGGAUGAAAUUAAAUCUAAAAAGACAAUUAAUACAUCUAAAGACAAUUCCUCCUCUACAGAUUCUUUGGAUACUUAUAGGCCAACCCCUGAUCAACAUAAUGAAAUGUUAAGUAUAAAAUCUGAAUUAUCACAACAUUCUUUGAAGGAUAAAAUACAUGAAUUUGCAAAAAAUCAUAGAAUAAAUAUAAGAAAUAAAAUUGAAGAUUUAAAUAAUAAUAAAGAUUUACAAUCUAAUGAAAAAAAUCAAAAAAAGAUUGAUUUGUUAUUAACUGCUUCAUUUCAAUUUAUUCAGGAUAUUGAAAACUUUAAUGAUAAUGUUGAUAAUGAAACUGAGAGAGAUGAUACAUUUGAUUUAAAAGAAUUUAAAAGAAUCCUUACUGGUGAACAAGAUAUGCAUUCAGGCCCUAAAAAAUCAAUGCUAGAUGUUUUAGGUAAUAAUUAUAGUUCUGACGUGAAACGAAAAUCGCCAUUAUCUCCAGCAACGGCUAAUUCAAAUUUUAAUACAUCUCCUUCUUUAUUAAGUGUCACUCCAUCUGGUACUGCCACUCCAACACCAUUUGGAUCAAAAGUUGUGGAGCCAUAUACUCAAUUACCAAAAAAUUUACCUAGAGCUCCAAAAAAUAUGAAAAUUCCAAGAGCCCAUAAGACUACUUCACAUACUACAACAUCAAUAGAAAAUGAUAGUAGUGAUCACAUUGAUGGUGAUGGAUCAACUCAUAUCAGAAAACAUCAGCAUUACACGUUAUCUAAUCGGAAGUCCAAGACACAUGAAUCACAUACUAAUCCUCAAAUAAAGUUUGCGGAUGGUGUUAAACAUAAAGAUGGUAAGAGUGGAUUAGGACAUGCAGUAAAUGGGGAUAAUCUAAGUAGGUCAGAAUCCCCUGAAAGAAAUGGGAAAAAAAGUGGUGCCUGGAAUGAAUUGAAAAAAUCAAUAUCAAAUAGUUCUAAAACUGAUGUUCAUAAUAAUGAUAAGAUUUCCUUGACUACAUCAGGUAAACUGAAAAAGAAAACAAGUCGUGACAGUUUAAAGAAAUCUAUAUCCAAUGAUAGUUCAUCAUCCGAUAAGAAAUCUAGUGGUGGAGGUUGGUUUUCAUUCUGGAGGAAAUAA